AUGCAUGACUCAAAUAAAUAUGUAGCAUUCAAUGCUGGUCCAAGAAUAUGUCUAGGGAAGGACUUGGCAUACUUGCAAAUGAAGUCGGUAGUGGCGUCGGUGUUGCUCCGGCACCGGCUGACGCUGGUACCGGGCCACAAGGUGGAGCAGAAGAUGUCAUUGACAUUGUUCAUGAAGCAUGGACUCAUGGUGAAUGUGCACCCUAGGGAAUUAGGGGCAAUUGUGGCAAGGGCAAAGAAGGACAUGGAGGCAAAGCUGCAAGGGCAAGAGUGUGUUGGGGUUAAAUGUCACGGCGUUAAUGGCGAAGCGGUAGUUGGGGUGGCUUAA